AUGGCAUCGAAGAAAAAUUUAUCGCUCAAAGAGAAGUAUCCUGAGAUUUAUGCUCAGACGAAUAUUGAUCGGACGGGAUUUAAACGUGUUGUUCCUAUGGAAGUGCUGUCGCUUGGUUUGGGGCGGACUGGUACUAUGUCAAUGAAAGCAGCCCACGAAAUCCUCGGCUACCCAACCUACCACUACAUCUCCAUGAUGGAAAACCCUCCAGACCUCGACCUCUGGCUCUCCGCCCUUCGCAGAAAAUACUCUCCCCAAGCCGACGAAAAGCCCUUCACCCUCACCGAAUGGGACGCUCUGCUCGGCCACGUCUCUGCAGUCACAGAUUCCCCCAUCAAUGCUUUUGGCCCCGAACUCAUUACCGCUUAUCCCUCCGCCAAAGUCGUACUCGUAGAAAGAGACGUAGAAACUUGGUACAAGAGUUUUGAGAGGAAUGUCAUUGAGAGUUUUGCAGCACCCAUGACUAGAAUAUUGGUAAAACUGGAUCCUGGGUUUAUUGGUAAGCAAGGUCAGAUUGGAGAAUUUCUUAUGCGUGGGUAUUGGCAAGCGGAUAGUUUUGAUGAUUGGAAGAAGAAAGCUAGACAAGGGUAUUUGGAGCAUAAUGCUUUGAUCAAGAAACUGGUGCCUAAGGAAAGAUUGUUGGUGUAUAAGUUGGGAAGUGGGUGGGAACCGUUGUGUGAGUUUUUGGGCAAGGAAAUUCCUGAUGUUGAGUUCCCGAGGGUCAAUGAGACUGAAGAGUUGCAAGAGAGGGUAUUCUUGUGUUUGAUGCUGGGGUUGAGGAGGACGGUGUUGCGUUAUGCGAAGACGCUGCCGUUUACGGUACCAUUGUUGAUCUCGAGUUGGUACCUCUGGCGCAUUGCUAAUUGA